AUGGAGAGAUCUGCUUCUCGAAAAGGGCCCCAAAGGCAAGAGACAUUGGGUCCUUCUGCUCCUAUUUGGGAUUGGGAAGUCGAAAGGGCUACUCUGAGAACUGAGUGUCGUGAAUACCGUGAAAAAGCCGAGCAGCUUGAAGAAGACUUGAAAAAAGAACGGCAGAUCUAUGAGAAAAACACAACCAGCUUACUUCAUGAAGUGAAACUAAAAGAAUCUGUCAUGGAAAAGAAGCUCAAGGACUUGGAAGAGCAAUUUACGGCUCAGUUGUUGGAAUUACAAAAACGGCUGGAUGAAGAAAGACUCUCACGACAGGAGAUCCUACAAAACAUUCAUGCACAGCAUGAGACCGCUUUGCAAUCUGAAGAAAAGAAAUAUCAAAGGAGAUUGGCUAGUCUUCGGGAGAGGCUUGAUGCCAAGGACAGAGAGUAUGCUGAAAUUCUAAGAAGCCAAGAAGCAAACAUGUCUGUGCCACAAACAAUAGAAGCAUCUGAUGAACAAAUCGGAGCGGACGAGGACAUAAAGAGAAAUGAAUCAUUAUUGAACGAACAAGAUAAAAGCGCGUUGAAAGAAGGCAACCUGCAAGUAAGUGUGAAAUACAUAUCAGGGAUCCAUUCAAUCAAUACCAAGCAAUUUACAUUGUUUACUGAACUGGAAGAUCAUCGAAAGAAGCAGAAAGAAUAUAGCAAUCGCAUCAACGAGUUAGAGAAAGAGUUGAAAGUAGCCCAAGAUGACUCACAAAAGUAUAAGAAGCGUCUGGAUCAAGCACUUAAAACUCAUAAUGAGGAAAUAAGUGAACUCACAGAAAAGUUCAUGUCAGAAACGCAUCGAACUGAAAUGACUUUCCAAGCGCGGAUGCAAAAUUUUCAAACUGAACAAGCUGACAUUAUACGCGACUUAAAAGACCAAUACGAUACACAACAAGAAGUGAUGCAAAUUGAGCACGCAGCUAUUUUAGAUGAAGUACGCCGUAAUUUGGAUUUUGAAAAGGCUGAAGCGAUAAGAGAA